AAACAGGGAGGGACAUGGAGUUUGGAGGUGGGGGGCAAAUCUGGGCAUGCGCAGUGCUCAUGUUCCAUGGCUACAUACCAUCAGCACGAACUUCUUCAUGAGAAACUAACGUGAAACUUCUCCGUGUGUUCUACAGAUUUGUUCAUUUGAGAAAAUCUGCCAGCCAGACGACGGUACAAAAUUGAGACAAUUGUAGCGACUGAACUAUAAUAGAAGUCCUGAAAGAAAUUCAUUUGUAGCCUAAUUUGUAAGACACCAUGACUUAAACUUAUUCGGUAGAAAUAUUUCAGUAAUACUUUCACAAAGUGUUUUGUAUGUGAGGCGGACAGUGUUUCGACAUCAUGCCCUGUACCAACAAUCUAAUUUGGGAUAUUAGGAAACGCACCAUCGGUUCCAACAAAAUCAACAACUUUACAAGGAGUAACUACUUAGGUGAGACAAACGUUUACAUUAAAUAUUUAAUGUACAAAUGUUCUAAAUACUACUUUAUUGUCAUAAAAGUGUACUGUAUGUGUCACUGUGUAAGUAACAUGUUUUUACAACAGCCUACUGCCUUGCACUAGGAAUUUAUCUAAGACACUGUUAUUUUAUUGGUAUUGUUUGAUAUAAAUUCAUACUUUAAACAUUUGUGUUGGAUAAAAUAAUCAUUUUGUCUCCAAGGGGUCCCAAAUGAUUAAAUUGUGUUAGUUAGAGGGACUACCUUAUGGGAUACCUAACACUGUUCUUAUGGUAUCAUAAUGAUUUCCUUCAGGAAGAAAAGAGUUUUGUACAAAGACUGAAACUUGAAGCCACUCUUGAUGUACAUGAGGGCUCUGUAAGUAUCAACAUGCGUUACAGAAAUGAUUACCAGUGUAAAUGCAGUGUGAUAAUUGUAUGAUAUCAUCCUGUGUUUUCAAACUGUUAUUGUUUUUCAUGACAGAUCAAUACAGUAUGCUGGAAUGACACAGGAGAAUACAUCUUAUCUGGAUCAGAUGAUGACAAAUUGGUCAUCACGAACCCAUACAACCGAAAAGUAAGACUAAAACAUUGCUUAUUAUCAAGUACGGUACAUACAACACAUGCUUCAACCUAUUGUUCAUAUGGACUCAGAAGAGACAGACAGACAGUAUAUGUGCAAUAUAAAGUCCCCCAUUAUGUUUCCACUCUCCAGGUCAAGGCAUCCAUUACAUCAUGGCAUCGAUCCAAUAUCUUCAGUGCCAAGUUCAUGCCCCAAACCAACGACAGAAUGAUCGUGUCCGCAGCAGCCGACGGCAAGAUCUUCCUCACCAACGUAGAGAGGGGUUCCAACCUGGACCCUGUGUUGCAGUAUCACUGUCAUAACGGUGCCGCCUACGAGGUGAGGGGUGCAUCUGUGUUAUCGCCAUCUGUGUUAUCGCCAUCUGUGUUAUCGCCAUCUGUGUUAUCGCCAUCUGUGUUAUCGCCAUCUGUGUUAUCGCCAUCUGUGUUAUCGCCAUCUGAGUUGAAUUCAAUAGAGAGUUGAUUCAUGUAUCUGAUCUAUCACAUCUGCAUCAAAUCGGGGCGGCAGGUAGCUUAGUGGGUAAGAGCGUUGUGCCAGUAACCGAAAGGUCGCUGGUUCCAAUCCCCGAGCCGACUAGGUGAAAAAUCUGUCAAUGUGCCCUUAAGCAAGGCACUUAACCCUAAUUGCUCUGGAUAAGAGUGUCUGCUAAAUGACUAAAAUGUAAAAUUUACCUCAACGUCACACCUGUUAUUGCUGUGGAAGGUAGGGAUGGUAUGUCGACCAUAAAUAAGUCAUUGGCAUUUUGCUGCAGUGAAAGUCAUCUAUUCUAAAGCCCACAGACCAUAUAUCAGUAGACAGGAAUUCCAAUUCUAUUUGACGUCCCAAUCAGAGCAGGUUCUAUAUCUAUUCUAAAACCACUCUAUUUCUAUUGGUAGAUAUUGACGGUACCUAGCGACCCUCACUCUUUCCUGUCCUGUGGAGAGGAUGGAACAAUCAGGUGGUUUGAUGUCCGAGUUUCUCCUGGCUGCUGGCAAACUAACUGUAAAAAGGUAGGUACGCAUUAUGCCAAUACAGCUAAACUCUUUUACAGGCAAAUUAACAAUUCUUAUGUAACUAUGAUGUUAUUACUACCGUAUUAUUGUGUCGUUACAUAUGUAUAAAGGCAGCUUCUUUUUACUAAUUACUUUUUCCCACCAUUUUUGCCAACAGUUUUACCGACUACUCAAACAACCGUUUAUGCUGAUGUCAGAGUUCCCUGUAUGAAGAUAUCUUGAACUUCUGUUGUCUUUUUUAAUUAGGACAUCCUGAUUGACUGUCGGCGAGCAGUAACAUCCAUGGCCAUAUCCCCUGUGGAAUCCUUCUAUCUGGCUACUGGCUGCUCUGACAGCUCAGUCCGUAUCUAUGACAGGAGAAUGCUGGGUACCAUAGCAACAGGUAUGCACAACCUCAACGGCGGCUUCAGGUAGCCUAGCGGUUAGAGCAUUGGGCCAGUAACCCAAAGGUUUCUAGUUUGGAUCCCCGAACCGACAAGGUGAAACAUCUGUUGAUGUGCCCUUGAGCAAGACACUUAACCCUAAUAGCUUCAGGGUCGCCAUUGAUAAAUAAUGGCAGACUCUGGCUGUGACCCCACUCUCUGAGGGUGUCUCAGGGGGAGUUGAGAUAUGCAAAAAACACAUUUUCGAUUCACACAUGGGUAAACAGGACAAAUAUAAGCAAGCACCCACCAGAUAAUAAUAAUUAUUAACUCAAGGCAAUCAGAUAACUUAAACUGAACUAACAAUUCUAUCAAUAUCAAUAGUCCUGAAGGAAUCCUACUACCACAGUACAUAACAUAGUUAAUCACUGUUUGAUUGUCUUUGGGGUCAGUGGUGAGAAUAACAUUUUCUCCUGAAGGUCUGUAUGGAAAAUAAUCAUUUCCUAUAUACGUCUCAUCCACUCUGCAGGUUUUCAGACAGGAAGCGGAGUGGCAGGGAUGUGUGCGAUGUUCGUACCGAGGCACCUGGUCAACAAGUCAUGUCGCGUGACCUCAUUGGCCUACAGUAGGGACGGCAGGGAGGUGCUAGCCAGCUACGCCUCAGACUAUCUCUACCUGUUUGACCCUAAAGAUGACAAGGGACGCGAGCUGAAGGGACCGUCGCAGGAUAACAAGGUGAGAACCAUCCUUUCACUUACUGUGUAUCACAGCACUAAAUACUGGAUUCAAUUUGAAUGUAGUUUGUGUUUACACAACGACUGUCCUCUCACACCAAUUUCUGGAAGCUUCUACGACAUGACAUGCAGUGUGUGUGUGAGUUGACAAAGGGGGGUGAUGUGUUGUCCCGUCUCUUGGCUAUUUUUGGCUCAACAGUCUACUGAAUCUGUUCUGGGAAAGGCAUCUGAGCUGUGUUCUCACACACACAGCUGCUGAACACAUAAGCCAGGGGGCUUCUGGGUAAUCAGCAGGGUGAGGCAGCAUAUUUUGUACAGAACUUGAUACAUACAACAGAACUUGAUACAUACAACACCAGGUAACGUCACAGUUCCUGUACAAACACCACAGAACUAGUGUAUCCUAAGUGCACUAAGAUGAAACCUCCCUGUCCCCCUCCUUCUUGUGUAUGAGACCCCUGGAACCGCCUGCCAGAGCCUAAGACAACCUGGCAGUGAGGGCUGGGGAAUGUGAGCCCCCAAUGGAGGGAAGAGGAGGGUGGGUGGGGGGGUCUCAGCCGUAGUGAAAGGGCGGUUAUUUUGGUUAAGCCUGUGCUGUGAGUGAUGAAAUGUCACUGUGUUUCUCUCCUAGCAAAAGGAGCCUCUGCAGAAGCGUCUGCGUCUGAGAGGAGACUGGUCAGACACUGGACCCCUGUCACGACCAGAGAGCGAGAGGGAGCGGGCCGGUAAGAGGAGGUCCCCACUCAUCUAGACACACAGCUGACAACACGUGUGCUAUCCAUGACAGAAGUGCACUGUCACUUGGUCCUAUUGCAUGGAUUAACACACAUACACACAAUACAAUUAUACAGUGGGGGAAAAAAGUAUUUAGUCAGCCACCAAUUGUGCAAGUUCUCCCACUUAAAAAUAUGAGAGAGGCCUGUAAUUUAGGUACACGUCAACUAUGACAGAGAAAAUGAGGGAAAAAAAUACAGAAAAUCACAUUGUAGGAUUUUUAAUGAAUUUAUUUGCAAAUUAUGGUGGAAAAUAAGUAUUUGGUCAAUAACAAAAGUUUCUCAAUACUUUGUUAUAUACCCUUUGUUGGCAAUGACACAGGUCAAACGUUUUCUGUAAGUCUUCACAAGGUUUUCACACACUGUUGCUGGUAUUUUGGCCCAUUCCUCCAUGCAGAUCUCCUCUAGAGCAGUGAUGUUUUGGGGCUGUCGCUGGGCAAUACGGACUUUCAACUCCCGCCAAAGAUUUUCUAUGGGGUUGAGAUCUGGAGACUGGCUAGGCCACUCCAGGACCUUGAAAUGCUUCUUACGAAGCCACUCCUUCGUUGCCCGGGCGGUGUGUUUGGGAUCAUUGUCAUGCUGAAAGACCCAGCCACGUUUCAUCUUCAAUGCCCUUGCUGAUGGAAGGAGGUUUUCACUCAAAAUCUCAUGAUACAUGGCCCCAUUCAUUCUUUCCUUUACACGGAUCAGUCGUCCUGGUCCCUUUGCAGAAAAACAGCCCCAAAGCAUGAUGUUUCCACCCCCAUGCUUCACAGUAGGUAUGGUGUUCUUUGGAUGCAACUCAGCAUUCUUUGUCCUCCAAACACGACGAGUUGAGUUUUUACCAAAAAAUUAUAUUUUGGUUUCAUCUGACAUUCUCCCAAUCCUCUUCUGGAUCAUCCAAAUGCACUCUAGCAAACUUCAGACGGGCCUGGACAUGUACUGGCUUAAGCAGGGGGACACGUCUGUCACUGCAGCAUUUGAGUCCCUGGCGGCGUAGUGUGUUACUGAUGGUAGGCUUUGUUACUUUGGUCCCAGCUCUCUGCAGGUCAUUCACUAGGUCCCCCGUGUGGUUCUGGGAUUUUUGCUCACCGUUCUUGUGAUCAUUUUGACCCCACAGGGUGAGAUCUUGCGUGGAGCCCCAGAUCGAGGGAGAUUAUCAGUGGUCUUGUAUGUCUUCCAUUUCCUAAUAAUUGCUCCCACAGUUGAUUUCUUCAAACCAAGCUGCUUACCUAUUGCAGAUUCAGUCUUCCCAGCCUGGUGCAGGUCUACAAUUUUGUUUCUGGUGUCCUUUGACAGCUCUUUGGUCUUGGCCAUAGUGGAGUUUGGAGUGUGACUGUUUGAGGUUGUGGACAGGUGUCUUUUAUACUGAUAACAAGUUCAAACAGGUGCCAUUAAUACAGGUAACGAGUGGAGGACAGAGGAGCCUCUUAAAGAAGAAGUUACAGGUCUGUGAGAGCCAGAAAUCUUGCUUGUUUGUAGGUGACCAAAUACUUAUUUUCCACCAUAAUUUGCAAAUAAAUUCAUUAAAAAUCCUACAAUGUGAUUUUCUGGAUUUUUUUUCUCAUUUUGUCUGUCAUAGUUGACGUGUACCUAUGAUGAAAAUUACAGGCCUCUCUCAUCUUUUUAAGUGGGAGAACUUGCACAAUUGGUGGCUGACUAAAUACUUUUUUUCCCCACUGUACAUAAGUAUGAUAUUAUUAGAUUAUGUAAACUUUCACAUCACUGUCUAUGAGUAAUAUGUCAGAUGGAUUUUUAACCAUCUCCCUCCUGUGUCCUAUAGGAGAGUCCAGGCCUGGUGUGUCUCUGAUGCAGAGGAUGUCAGACAUGUUGUCACGCUGGUUUGAGGAUGCCAGCGAGGCCCAGAACAACAGAGGAGCCCGUCCUCAGACACAGACACGACCCAGGGUAGACCCUGCAGCAGCAGCACCUCCAGCUCCACAAGGUAGUGGGCUUCACCAGGAGGCUAUGGUGCUAGGGAAUCAAGCCCCGUCUCAACCAACAUCAACAGCCAGCUUCUCCUCUGACUCUUCCUCAUCCAUGGAGAGCCUGAGGAGCCGUAGGAGUGGCAUUGGGACAGGAAGUCUCCAACCGUCUUCUGGGGAACCAGACCUGAGUCUGACACACAGCAACCAGGGCACCACUAGCAGCACCAUCCAACUGGACUUCUCCAGCGGUGGCUCCAGCGACCAGGGGGAACCCCCGCAGAUGAGGGGCCCAGAGCAGGUGUCUGACACCAGGCAGACCUCAUCCCUCAGCCAGUCGGAGGUGGAGGGCAUGGGAGAGGAGUCCACACCACAGCCCCCUGGGGAAUGGAUGCAAAGGUAUGGUACUAUGAUUGCAUUGACUGAGGCAUAGCUGGCCUACACAGUUAAUCAAUGAACUACUAGAGCAAUGUCUGGCUAUUAAAGUGGAUGUGUUGUUCCCUUCCUCCCAUAGAUUUAAUUUGAGAGGAUCAGAAUUAGGUGAAAGAGUACUCAGGUAAUUAUUUACCGUUGCAACAACAAUUAAGAAUGACUUCUUCUUUACUAAUAAUGGAUGUGUGUCAGAUCAGUAGUUUAAAUAACGUUGAUAGAUCAGUUUUAACUAGCAUGCAAUGCUGAUGUUGGGCGUUCCCUUGUUGCUCUGUGCAUUCAAUCAAACCUGCAAUACAGUAUUACACUUCUCACAUGGCUGGAAUUUGAUUGGAUUUAAUGACUCUACAGACAUGUUGUAUAUCCUUCCGAAAGGCGCUCUGCUGCUGCACGGAUCCAGGAGAUUUUCCGGCGGCGGAAAGAGAAGAAAGAGUUGGCGGAUUGCGAGACUCGCCGUGUCGGGAAGCCCUCAGUAGAAAAGGUCUACAAGGGCCACCGUAAUUCCAGGACUAUGGUACAGUACAGUAAAACACUACUGAGGAUUAAGACAAGCUUGAAGUGAUGAUUUAGUCCACCAGAGGGGGACCUUGAGCAAGGUCACAGAUUUUUUUAUAUGUGGGGAUAACGGCUUCAACUUCUUGUCAGCUAUAGUUAACGUACAAUGCUUUAGUUAUUGAGAAGUAGCUAUGUGGAAUACUCAUUUGAGCUUUUGUUGUUGUUGUUUAUAGACCAAUCAGUGUUGUUUCUGGGGGGACCAGUUUGUUCUGAGCGGCUCAGACUGUGGUCAUAUCUUCAUCUGGGACAGAGAGACAGGGGAACACCUAAUGCUGCUGGAGGCAGACCAGCACGUUGUCAACUGUCUGCAGCCACACCCCUACGAACCACGUGAGUCCACUACUUCUGACACUCUCACUAAAGAUGGUUUAGUGAACACCCAGUCUGGCUCUUGCAACUUAAAGGCUCGAAGGCCGUGACUUUCCAUUUUCCCAUUGAAAGUACAGGUAACUGCCCAAAUAAUGGAGUAAAUGAGGGAUACAAAGUAUAUUGGAAGCAGGUGCUUCCACACAGGUGUGGUUCCUGAGUUAAUUAAGCAAUUAACAUCCCAUCAUGCUUAGGGUCAUGUAUAAAAAUGCUGGGCAGGCCACUAUUUUGUCCACCAUGGCUAUGCCCCCAUAGGAUGGCAAUGGCCCCAUCCACAGGGCACGAGUGGUCACUGAAUGGUUUGAUGAGCAUGAAAACGAUGUAUGCCAUGGCCGUCUCAGUCACCAGAUGUCAACCCAACUGAACACUUACGGGAGAUUCUGGAGCGGCGCUUGAGACAGCGUUUUCCACCACCGUCAACAAAACGCCAAAUGAUGGAAUUUCUCGUGAAAGAAUGGUUUCGCAUCCCUCCAAUAGAGUUCCAGACACUUGUAGAAUCUAUGCCAAGGUGCAUUGAAGCUGUUCUGGCUCGUGGUGGCCCGACGGCCUAUUAAAACGCUUUAUGUUGGGGUUUCCUUUAUUUUUUACCUGUAUAUUCCUUUUUUUCUUGUUCUGUUCAUUUCAGUUUUAGCCACAUCAGGGAUAGAUACCAACAUCAAGAUCUGGUCACCGAUGGAGGAAUCCCCAUCAUUCAACAGAGUACUCGCUGAAGAGGUGUGACAUUAUAAAUACAUGUAUUCGUGUCACAGGAGGUUGGUGGCACCUUAAUUGGGGAGGACGGCUCGUGGUAAUGGCUGGAGUGGAAUGGUAUCAAAUACGGCAAACACGUGGUUUCCAGGUGUUUGAUGCUAUUCCAGUGGCUCCGUUCCAGCCAUUAUUAUGAGCCGUCCUCCCCCCAGCAGCCUCCGCUGACUCAUGUGCUUUACAAUCAAACACAGAUGUGUGGAUGGAGGAAAGAAGUGCUCUCAUCAUAGUGACAUUGAUGAAGCCAUUGGAACCUCUGAUCUCCUUCUGAUACCUGGUGCUCUGUGUGUCCUGUAGGUCACCUUCCGUAAUGAACUGAUGCUGGAGGAGACCAGGAACACCAUCACUGUACCUGCCUCAUUCAUGCUGAGGAUGCUGGCCCAACUCAACCACUCCAUCACAGCAGGUGAGCACUACACACACACACACACACAUUCUUUCAACCCCAUCCCAACCCUACAUCCUUAGUGAUAACCUGAUACAGAAUGGCUAUGGCUUCUAUCUUAAGUGGUUAUAACAUGUGUUAUAACAGCAGUCACUGACUGGUAAUAUUGCUCAUCUCUUUCUUUCCUCUACAGAGUCUGAGGACAAUGAGGAAGAAGAGUAGGCCUAUCCAUGGCUUUCAUACUGGACUGUUGAAUGUGUGAAGUAGAAACGAUACAUUAUCUCUUUGGAAUCACUUUGUGACCAUUAUAGUGGUAAUGUUACCAUAGGGAUUGGAGUGUUGGACCUCACCUAGUGUAGGUUAGGGGACAUUAGAAGAGGUUGUGUUGAUUUUUGAUGCAGUAGUUUUUAUAAAUAUAGUUUAUAUUCAUAUGUAGAUCAAGGAAUGUUUUAUACCUAUUUAUAUAUUUAGUGCAGGUGUCCAGCCUCUCCGUCUGGCUAUGAGAAGUGUUCUCUAGAUGAGAUCUCUUUAUUCUCCUCUGUACUUUGUGAACCUCAGGCCUUUUUGUGAGAAGUUUUAUUACGUCCAGAACACUGUCACAUUUCAUCUUACCUUGUCUGUGGCUUUUCCUGAUACUCUGCAAUGACGGCUCCGGUUCUGACUGUUGUCAAUGCGCUUGUUUACCAAAGAGAAUGCAUUUAAUUUAAGGAUUUAUGAAUUUUACAAAAAUAAUAAAAGCGUAAGGUUGCCUCAAA